UAGGUGGGCAGUCAAGGUUAGAGUCUGAAGCCACAGCUCUAGUUGAUUCUCCACCCUUGGAUGCCCAACGCCGUUCAAACCACAAUUAUUUGGUGAGGAGUUCCAACAAAUUUCUUUGCCACCCAUCUCAAUCUUCCCCAACAAAGUAUGUAGAUCUUGUGCUUAUCUCUCUCGCAUCUCAUCUUUGGGGAUGUAGAGAAACCCCGUUGAGCGUCAUAGAAUCUCUAGGUCGGGGGCCAUGCUCGACAUCUGCCUAACUGCACCCGGGUCUCUUCCUCUUGGGGUGUCCUGCCCUCAGCAAGGCCUUCCCAGGGUUCCAAAGGAAUUCCAACCACUAUUACAAUGUAAUAGUAUAAAACAGGAGAAUCUGAGGUCAAGAUCUGCGCUUCUCAAACUGUCAGAUAUUGAGUACUCAGGAAGGUCUAUGCAUCUGCACUCAGAACUGGAGAAAUCUUUUGGAUUGGCUGAAGUUGUAGGGAAAUCUGUCAUUGUUCAUUCUCAAGAUGGUAAUCCUGGUUCUCUACUUCUCAACAUUGGCAUCACCAAGCAGUCCAUUAGGCAUGAAAACUCCCUGCAGUUUGUCAUGCCUAGUGACGAAGCAGAUGAAAGCUGCCUUCAUUCCUUAUUCUCCAAGCCAACUGAUGUUCAUCAAUUUGCUGUUAGCAUGUACCAACCGCAAGUCACAUUUCCUGAAAAUGUUGCAAGUUACAAGUUUGAAGUCAGUGAAAUACAAUCCUCACUAAUUUAUUCCAUGGGGAUGCCAUAUAGCCAGAAACCAUGCAUGAUUUCUUUACGUGAAACAGACGGAGGAACCCUGGUCUCAGUGCAUCAGGAUGGGCAAAUAUUGUUUACAGAAACAACGGAUCAGAUGAAAGACAUGCUUUCUCUUAUAUCUGAGUUUUACCAUCCAAAGAAUGCCAGUUACCAUAAAAGCCAGUUGCUUGUUCCACAUUUUGCAAGAGUGAAUGAAAUUGAAGCUUUCUCGACAGCCUUUAUAUAUUCGACAAAUCAGAAAACCAUGGCUGCCACUCCAGUUGCAAGUCCCAUGGAGGUAAGACCGAAAUCAUUACCAAAGAAGAGAAGUGCAAGAAAAACAAUCAAGGAGAGGGACAUUUUCAGUAAGAGCUAUUUUCAUGCAUGCGAGAACCUUUUGACAAUGCUUGUUGAUAAGCAUUCGGAUAAGAAGUUAGCGCUGUCCUUGAAGCGAUCCAGCCCACGGCUGGCACAGAUGCUUACUAAUUUCUCCAUUGCAAUUGCUGGAACUGGCCUUGCUGUGAUGCUCUUUAUGUUCACCAAGGCCAUCAAUGGCAGAUUCUUCUUGAGCGCCAAUAAGCUUCUAAAUGUGGGAUGUGGCUUUGGCCUGGUCUGGGUUUCAUGGGCUGUGAACGGUUUGAGAGACACCAUUGAAUCUGUUGGUAAGCCUUGCGGCAAGGUGAGAGUGAGGGAUGAGAAGAUUGGUAGGAGGUUGAAGAAAAACGUCAAUCAAAUUGUGUUCAGGGCCGCAACUGUGAUGGCUGUGGUCGCGCUGAGGCUUGCAUGAUCAAGGAAUACAUAUAAGUGAGAGUGGCUUAGUAAUUUAGUCCAGUUUUGUUUCUCCUUGUCUACCUCUUCCGGGGGAACUCUUUCUGGUUGGUUUCUUCAAUGACCCUGUAAAAUCCAACUUCAUUCAUUAUAUUGAAUUGUAUAUGCUC